UCUGGUGUAGAUGGGCGUGACUAGAAAGGAGAAUAACUUGUUGUCGAUAACGCUAAGAAAACAAGCGAAGGCAAGGGAGUUGUACUUACUUCUCACCGAAGAGAUGGCCCGCAACAUAAUGUGGUUGCCCACGGAUCAUUCUGCUUUAGUUCACUGAUAGAUGAUGGUGUUAUUUUCAUCGGCGUUGCAACUAAAUCGCUAAUGGGAAAAGGGGUAUAAUCGCAGCGAUUCUGCAUUGACAAAAAAACGACGAUCUGCAAAAAGUUGGGACUGGCAAAUAAAACCACUGAUCGGUUACUCAUAACAGAAAAAAAGUUCAGUCAAGAUGAAUAAAUAGCUGCCCUUCGGGAGCCCUUGCACAGAGUCAGCUACUGCGCAGUAAUCACUCUAUAUAAAAGAAAGCUCCCUUCAGAUAAACAAAGCAAGGUACAAAGCAAAAGGUUGAUGCAAAUUACUGCAGUGCCAUGCAUAAACUAUAUACAAUUCUGUUUACAAUUUUGGGUGUACAGAAUCAUAUGGAGAUAUAUGAUCUUCAUUGUAUUUUAUGAGAAGACAUACCCAGUAGGAAGUUGCAAGCUGUUUCUUGCAUAGAAUUUAAUUAGAAACAGAAGCAUAGCUUUGAAAGAGACACAUUUGAUGUGUACUGUUAUCCGAGAAAGACACAUCAUACAGGUGAAGAAUACGAGAAGAUGUGCUGGUCAGAGCUACCAGAUGUCCUACUGGAGGAGGUAUACUCCAAACUGACAUACAAACAGCGCUACUAUUGCUCCAUGGUCUGUCGCCAUUGGUAUGACCUCUUUUAUUCAUCUAAAGUAUGGGAGCAUUUUGUACUGGGAGAGAGAACCCUCACAAGAAGACGCAUGCGCCCAUAUCGCAAUUCCUACAUGUACACCCUCAGCCAGUACAAAGCCAAGAUGUGUUUGGAUAGAGUUGGGGAAUUUUUCAAAAAGAUAACUAUCAAACCCAUAUCAGACUAUUACAAUUUGUAUGCCUUCAUGACAGUGUUGUCAGCAUUUUUGGAGUUCUAUGAGGAGUAUCCUAUGCCACUUCUCCAUGGCUUUCAUUUUAACUUCGGUUGUGAAAACCGCGGUUUCUCAGGCAUAACUGUGCACGGAACUGGAGGGAAGAUUCUAGAAGAGUUGAAAAGGUUGCUGGGUAACAUGAAAAAUCUGGAAGAAUUGACCCUGAAUCAAUUACUACUAGACAAAAAAGAGGCGCCAGGGCUCUUAGAAAGCGUUCUUGAAAACUGUGCAGAGACUCUGAAGGUUCUGGAAAUAGUGAAUUGCACCAAAGGAUCAUACCCAAUGUUUUAUGCAGGGAUGUUCAUGUCUUUACAGAAGCUCAUCAUCAGUCCACAGCACCUGAGUAGUGAUGUGAUAGCCAUGCUGGCCAGCACUUCUCUGACAGACAUUCAUAUUGUACAAGACCGGCAUACAGAUGGUGUGGCCCCCAUAAACAGCCAGACUUGGUUUGAGGUCAAGCAGAUGUCUCCUCGCCUGCAGGUGCGACUUGAGGCACGUGGUGGGACGCGUGAGGAAAUCCUUUUCCAACCUCGCGCACCCGUGACCUCCAUCGUCUAUGAUUCACCAUAUCUGAAAAUGACCCCAGAUGCAGUCAUGAUGAUCACAGACCAUUACCGAAAAACAUUGAGGUUAUACGCCCAGAAGGGGCUGCCCAGAACUCAUGGCUCCAGAUCCUUCCACGAACGCUGCGAUGGCCUUGUGCUGAUGCUGGUCAGACAGUGCCCUGAACUGAGGGUGCUCAUAAUUCGGGAGAGGAUCUCAUCCAUGACGCUGCUCCUGGUGGCUUCACAGGCAAAGAAGUUGCAAAAGCUCUAUGUCCGGCAGAAUGCAGUUCUCAAGAAAACUGAUUGGCCGAAAACUCUUGAAUGGUCUGAUGAGUAUUAUGCCGAUUUGAAAAAGAAAUCUCAGUCAUAUGAACUGUUGCAGAAGGAAAUUUCCAGGUGCAUGGGAUAUCCUUGGAAACUUCUUACUGAUAAGGAGUUUGAAAAGUUGAAGAUUUAAGACAGCAGCAUUUGUUGAAAUUUGCCUCAAGAGGAUUGUUGAAUGCAAUGGAUACAUAGUCAUGUUAUUGCGCACACAUUUAAAAUGAAACACUUGUCAU